AUGUCUUUGAGCAACAAUGUAAUCGGUUACAUAAACAUCAUUGCCGUCGUCCUUUCAGUUCUGGUUAUCGGCGCCGGAAUCUGGCUAACCAUCGGACCAGUAAACUCAUGCGUCAUGCUUCUUCAAUGGCCAGUAAUAAUCCUCGGAAUCUUGAUACUUCUUGUGAGUCUCGCUGGUCUCAUAGGAGGGUUCUGGAGGAUCACUUGGCUUCUCAUUGUUUACUUAAUCGCCAUGCUGGCUCUCAUCGUACUUUUAGGUGUUCUUGUCGGAUUUAUUUACAUGGUUACCCUUAGAAGCUCUGGUCGUCCACAACCAAGCAGAGCUUAUCUUGAGUAUAGUCUUGAAGAUUUUUCUGGUUUCUUACGUCGACGAGUUCUGAAAUCUUACAAAUGGGAAAGGAUUCGUACUUGUUUGAGUGCCACUAGUAUUUGUCCUGACUUAAACCAGAGGUUCACUUUGGCUCAAGAUUUCUACAAUGCUUAUCUUAGUCCCAUUCAAUCUGGUUGCUGCAAGCCCCCAACAAAAUGUGGCUACACGUUCGUGAACCCUACAUACUGGAAAAGUCCCAUAGCUUUGUAUGUAGAUUUGGAUUGUCUACGAUGGAGCAAUGAUCAAAACACUUUGUGCUACAGUUGUGACUCUUGCAAAGCUGGGUUACUUGCAAAUCUCAAGCUAGAUUGGUUAAAAGCAGAUAUUUUUCUCCUUGUGGCGCUUAUCGGGUUGAUAGUCGUUCAUAUAAUCGGUUGCUGCGCAUUACUAAACGCGAAAACUGAGAAUGUACUAUAG